UAUAAUGCGGGGAAAAAAAGUAAUAAUAUAAUCUAAAGAAAAAGUCACACUACAUUUUGAUGAAUCUAAAUCACAGUAUUUAGUAUGUUGAAAAAUAGUGAUAGUACACAGUAUGCAAAGUUAUUCGGCACGUUGUAUUUCAGAGGAUUUAUUUGACCACAUUGAGUCCAAACCUGAAUAAUUAAGACAGUAAAAGUGAGUUUUGGGCUUCUUGUGAACAAAACUCACAACUCACUGAACAACUAAAUGUUCCCUCUUAUUUUCAUCUGUUAAAAGUGAGAAUUACAAACAACUAAAAAUGUACAAUUGACACAUUUCUGACAUUUAAAAAAAGAAAUUUGUGACCAAUUGAGCCUUUUUUUAAUAACUGGAAUAAUCCUCCCGUUCAUGGAUUCUGUCAGCGAAAUAAAAGACUCAUUCAGAGACGUGGAAACCUCCCGUUUAGGAAGGGACGCCGAGUUGUGGACACGGUUUAGGUCAGAUGAGGAAGACCACGUCAUUACUCUUCAUCUUCAAGGCCUCCACUGGCUGGAAGACUUGAUGCAUGCGGUGGUCUUCUUGAGGGAAGCAGACAGGAAGAAGGUCCAACGAGCUCGUCUUCAACAGGAAGAAGGUCCAACGAGCUCGUCUUCAACAGGAAGAAGGUCCAACGAGCUCGCCUUCAACAGGAAGAAGGUCCAACGAGCUCGUCUUCAACAGGAAGAAGGUCCAACGAGCUCGUCUUCAACAGGAAGAAGGUCCAACGAGCUCGCCUUCGACAGGAAGAAGGUCCAACGAGCUCGUCUUCAACAGGAAGAAGGUCCAACGAGCUCGUCUUCGACAGGAAGAAGGUCCAACGAGCUCGUCUUCGACAGGAAGAAGGUCCAACGAGCUCGUCUUCGACAGGAAGAAGGUCCAACGAGCUCGUCUUCGACAGGAAGAAGGUCCAACGAGCUCGUCUUCAACAGGAAGAAGGUCCAACGAGCUCGCCUUCAACAGGAAGAAGGUCCAACGAGCUCGUCUUCAACAGGAAGAAGGUCCAACGAGCUCGUCUUCAACAGGAAGAAGGUCCAACGAGCUCGUCUUCAACAGGAAGAAGGUCCAACGAGCUCGUCUUCGACAGGAAGAAGGUCCAACGAGCUCGUCUUCGACAGGAAGAAGGUCCAACGAGCUCGCCUUCGACAGGAAGAAGGUCCAACGAGCUCGUCUUCAACAGGAAGAAGGUCCAACGAGCUCGCCUUCAACAGGAAGAAGGUCCAACGAGCUCGUCUUCAACAGGAAGAAGGUCCAACGAGCUCGUCUUCGACAGGAAGAAGGUCCAACGAGCUCGUCUUCAACAAACAUCCAGUCAACCAUCCAUAACAAUGCUCUGAAGGGGAAUGCAAUGCGUGUCUUUCAUGCAGUGAUAACAGGAUAUUGUUGACAAGUAAAGAACACAUUUAAACGGUGUUAUUGUUGACGAGUGUGUAAGUCGAGUGUCGCUGCUCCUUCCCGUGUUUCAGCAUUCACCGACCAACAAGCUGCUCUACGCCAAGGACAUCCCUCAGUUCAGACAGGAAGUGAAGGCCUACUACAAGCAGAUCAGGGACCA